AUGGGUAAUGAUGACAAUGACCACAGUUAUGAUGACAAUGACCACUGUAUUAAUGACAAUGACCACAGUUUUGAUGACAAUGACCAUGAUAUUGAUGACAAUGACCACCGUAUUGAUGACAAUGACCACGGUUAUGAUGACAAUGACCACGGUUAUGAUGACAAUGACCUCAGUAAUUAUGACAAUGACCAUGGCAAUGAUGACAAUGACCACAAUAAUGAUGACAAUAACCACAGUUAUGAUGACAAUGACCACUGUAUUAAUGACAAUGACCACAGUUUUGAUGACAAUGACCACGAUAUUGAUGACAAUGACCACCGUAUUGAUGACAAUGACCACGGUUAUGAUGACAAUGACCACGGUUAUGAUGACAAUGACCUCAGUAAUGAUGACAAUGACUAUGGUAAUGAUAACAAUGACUCUGGUAAUGAUGACAAUGACCACUGUAAUGAUGACAAUGACUAUGGUAAUGAUGACAAUGACCACUGUAAUGAUAACAAUGACCACGGUAAUGAUGACAAUGACCACUGUAAUGAUGACAAUGACCACGGUAAUGAUAACAAUGACUCUGGUAAUGAUGACAAUGACCACUGUAAUGAUGACAAUGACUAUCGUAAUGAUGACAAUGACCACGGUAAUGAUGACAAUGACCACGGUAAUGAUGACGACAAUGACCACGGUAAUGAUGACAAUGACCACAGUAAUGAUGACAAUGACCUCAGUAAUGAUGACAAUGACCACGGUAAUGAUGACAAUGACCACGGUAAUGAUGACAAUGACCACGGUAAUGAUGACAAUGACCACGGUAAUGAUGACAAUGACCACAGUAAUGAUGACAAUGACUAUGGUAAUGAUGACAAUGACCUCAGUAAUGAUGACAGUAAUGAUGACAAUGACCACGGUAAUGAUGACAAUGACCACAGUAAUGAUGACAAUGACCAUGGUAAUGAUGACAAUGACCACAGUAUUUAUGACAAUGACCACAGUAACGAUGACAAUGACCACGUUUCAAUACAAUAA